UAAUGCCUUAAAGACAAGGCAUAAUCACCCAGUUUGUUUGGCAACUGCAGGACUCCACGGAUUUGUUUCUUUAUUUAACCUUUAAUAAAUGGACUGUACUUAUGACAGUGAGAAGCCUGCACACUGGUGUGAUGGAGUUCAUAUUUCUUGUUUUAUAUUUUUCCUUUUUUAUCUGCCUCUGUACUUUGGUGUGCCUGUAUUUUUCUGGCUGCCAAGAAAUGACAUAUAAGCAUGAAGAUAUUAAAAUAAUGACUGUAGAAGACCUUAUCUACUGCCUACUGGGUCACUGGGAUUUUCAAACUGUGUUACUGGUAACUAAAAGAACCUAAA